UCUCGCGCCGUGCUUAGCUCGAGCUCACUGCCCGUUGUCUGAUGACGUUAUGUCCUGCCGGUGGGUGCGUAUGGAUUUCGAUUCUUUUUCAACCGCUUGACCGCUGUUCACUGGCGCACGUACUUACACGCGCGUACGUCGUACUCCAGCGUCCGAGUAAGAUCUGCCCGACGGGAUUUCCAUUCAGAAUUCUAUAUAUGGUGUAUCAAGCUAGAUUGUGGGUCCAACAGCUUAUUAAUUUACUAACUAAUAGCCAUUUUGCUAAAACAACAAAGAAUAUGGAAAAUAUCUUACAUCAUUCUGUUACACAAAUUCAUAAUAAAUCUCAUAUUGGUGUGCAGUGUUCACUAUCCAAUGAUUUGGAAUCAUCUCAAUGCAAUCCUGAAAAUUGUUUAGUCAUAGAAAAAGAGGAAGAGUAUGACAAAAACUCAGAUGUACUGGAAAAUAAACGCAAACUCCAGGAGUAUGUGGAGUACAGGGAAAAGCCAAAGAAAUUCAAAUUAGAUCCAGCUCAAUUGCGUCCAGGCUUUACGGAUGAAAGAUUCAAUGAAACGUCUUACUAUUUUGAUAAUGGUCUGAGGAAAGUUUAUCCAUAUUAUUUCACAUUCACUACUUAUACCAAAGGGAGAUGGGUAGGAAAAACUUUAUUAGAAGUAUUUGGUAAAGAAUUCCGAGCUCAUACUUCUGAUGAGUAUAAGCAUCAUAUUCAAAAAGGAUCUUUAACUAUAAACAAUGAACGUGUCACUCCUGACUAUGUACUGAAACACAAUGAUUUAUUGGCAAAUGUAGUUCAUAGACAUGAAGUGCCCGUUGUGUAUGGUACAAUUGAUAUACUUCAUAUUGAUAAAGAUAUUGUAGUUGUCAACAAACCUGCAAGUAUUCCUGUACAUCCAUGUGGACGUUACAGGCAUAAUACAAUCAUAUUUUUGUUGGCGAAAGAAUACAAUUUAAAAGACUUGAAAACUAUUCAUCGUCUUGAUAGGUUGACUAGUGGUGUGUUAAUGUUUGGAAGAACACAAAACCUUGCUAGAAAAUUAGAGGCACAGAUACGUGAAAGAGAGGUGAGUAAACAGUAUGUAUGUCGUGUUGAAGGGAAAUUUCCGGAAUCUGUAGAAUGUGAAGAGCCAAUUGAAGUUGUCAGUUAUAAGAUUGGCGUGUGCAAAGUUUCUCCUAAAGGAAAAAAAUGUCGUACCUCGUUUCAAUUAAUUGGAUACAAUGAGAAAAUGAAUACGAGUGUGGUUUUGUGCAAGCCAUAUUCGGGUCGCAUGCAUCAAAUAAGAGUUCAUCUACAGUAUUUAGGAUAUCCAAUUAAAAAUGACCCAUUGUACAAUGACAUAAUAUUUGGUCCUGAAAAAGGGCGCAAGGGUAAAUUUGGCAAAACUGAUGAACAGCUUGUACAAGAUCUUAUAAUUGCCCAUAAUGCUGAAAAUUGGUUGAAGACAGAUAAUAAUCUUUCGUUGUUGCCAAAAGUUGUUAAUGAUAUCAAUAAUACAGAGUUAUUGGAAUCACCUAGACUGGAAACAAACACUGGUCACAGUCCUAAACCUAUGUUUAUUAAUAUGACUACACAAACAGGAAUCGACUUACCUGACAUGACAUAUGAUAAGAAUAAAGACUCUAUAGAUCCUUACUGUCAAGAAUGUAAAAUUAAUUACAAGGAUCCACAACCAAAAGACCUUAUGAUGUACUUACACGCUUUAAAGUACAGCGGGCCAGACUGGACUUACGAAACUCCCAUGCCAGUAUGGGCUGAUGUGAACUGGAAUGAACUAUGAUUAUUUAUAAAUCUAGUAUUGUUUAAUAAAUAUAUUUUAUUAAA